AUGCACAAAAUCAAAACCAAACUAUUUCAAUUUCACGACAAACGAAAAUCCAAACUAUGGUUGGGUCCGCCCCUCCGUUGCUAUCAACGUCCACGAGAUACCGAGCGGAAUCUGAAUCUUAUCACCACCAUGCCUCGGGAGGCGGGCAAUGAGCAUCACUUAUUUUAUUUAUCGAUGAAGUUACACUUCGUACAUCAUUGCUUCGGUCUAAUCCAUUGUAGGUCCUCCAACUUUCAUAAGCCAGCAACCAAUAAAGAAACUGAACGAUUCUUCUCGACUUCCUCCACAAGCCAGGGAGGCGAAUGGAAUCUUGUAAGCCGAUCGUCGACUUCGUCUUCUUCGUUUUGUUGCACCUUCCGUUCCCUACGUUUUAAUUCCAUCCUUAAGAUAAGCUUGAAGCCAUAG